CCGCCCCGCUGGUAGCCCUUCCUCGCCAGCCUCAAGAUGGCCGCCUUGCGGCGUCUCCGGCGCUGUUGAAUGGAGAAAUCUUUAUUGUUCCCUUCGGGCAGGAGUGUUCGUGUCCUCUAUGGCGCUGUCAAUAAAGAACGGCAGUUUGAAUCGGUGCUGAACAGGACAACUGUAUCAAUUUGUAAACCUACCAGUGGUGCCCUGGAUGCAAAUCCAUGUUCCACCACACAUUACUGUGAGACAUUGGAGAAAUUACUCAACCUCUUUUGGCCUUUGGCUGCCCAUCAAUAACGGGGAUCUAGUGCUGAUCCUCACAAAGCAAAUCCUGGAAGGACAGAGGAAGAGUUGGCCUCGAGGCAGAGCCGAUGCGAUGGAACUCCCCAACUAUAGCCGGCAGCUGCUCCAGCAGCUCUACACGCUGUGCAAGGAGCAGCAGUUCUGUGACUGCACCAUUUCCAUUGGGACCAUUUACUUCCGGGCCCACAAACUUGUCCUGGCUGCCGCCAGCCUCCUCUUUAAAACCCUGCUGGACAACACAGACACCAUCUCCAUUGAUGCAUCGGUGGUGAGCCCCGAGGAGUUCGCCCUCUUGUUAGAGAUGAUGUACACAGGCAAACUGCCUGUGGGCAAGCACAACUUCUCCAAAAUCAUCUCUUUGGCCGACAGCCUCCAGAUGUUUGACGUGGCUGUUAGUUGUAAAAAUCUUCUGAGUAGCCUUGUAAACUGCUCUGUUCAGGGCCAGGUGGUGAGGGAUGACUCCGUGCCACCCUCGGAGUCAUCCAGGAAGGAGUCGGAGAAGCCCGAAGCAGAAAUCCUUUCUUCAGAGGGCGCGGGAGAGCCGCCUCCUCCCCGGGAGGGUACCUCCCCCGUGAAGGCCGAGACGCAGGAAGCCGUCCCUACGGUCGCACAAGAGAUGAGUGUGGGUCCUUCCCCCGCCCCGGAGCGUCAGGGGGAUGCUGACGCCCCAGCGGAGACCCCUCUCACUGCGGAAAUCUGUCCGUCCCCCCCUGUUGUCCAAGCCUUCAGUGAGGCAAAGGAGGCCAGCACAGGACCAGAGUAUGAGACAAAACACUACCAGGUGAAUUUUCUUCUAGAAAAUGAAAGUAUCUUCUCAGACGCACUCUUGGUUACCCAGGAUGUUUUAAAGAAACUAGAGGAAUGUUCAGAAAUUAAAGGUUGCCAGAAGGAGGCCAUGAUGGGAUGUCUUGUGGGUGCAGAAGGACAUUCAGCAUUCCAGAGAAUCCUGGAUAAAGUAAGAGCCGGGAGCCUGGAUGUUCAGACGGUUGUGACCCUGCUGAGGCUGUACCAGGAUUCUAAUCCUGCAGUGAAGACAGCCCUGGCAGGUGGAAAGCCAGAGGCUGCGGAAGCCGUGCAGCCAAGAGGGAGCACGGGAGAGGGAAAGGCCUUGUCCGCUCUGUUACUAGAACACAAAGAGGACCUGAUCCACUGUGUAACCCAGCUGAGACCUAUUAUGGAGUUCCUGGAAACAGCCACGGAGGGAUUCCUGCCCGGCACCGAGAAAAGGGUGAUUCUGAAUUGCUGUGAGAGCGGAACACCCAAGGAGACAAUAGAAAAGUUGUUGCACAGAAUGUCUGAGGAGAGGACCCUAACUGCGGAGAGUUUGGUAAAAGUCCUUCAGGCUGUGAAGAUGGCGUUCCCGGAUUUGGGCCUCCUGCUGGAGAGUUUGCAGAAACUAGCCACUUUGCCAAGCACCGCAGGAGAAGCCCCCAAGGAGCAUUAUUGUUUUUCUAAUAUCCUUACAGGCCAAGCGAGCCCUGAAGAUUACGGGACGGAGCUAUUGAGACGCUAUCAGGAAAACCUCUCUGAGAUUUUCACGGACAACCAGAUGUUAUUAAACAUGAUCCCGCACCUGAGGAGUUUAGCCCCUGGAGAAAGAGAGGUCAUGGAGAAGCUGGUGAAACGUGACUCUGGUUCCGGUGGUUGCAGUUCUUUGAUGUCAGCAGUUCUAGAAAAGCAGACCCUGUCCGCGACGGCCGUUUGGCAGCUGCUGCUGCUGGUCCAGGAAGCCAAGGCCUGCCCGCUGAGCCCACUCAUGGAGGAAAUGCGAAGGGAGCCGGGCGCCGGGGCUUUCUUCCGGGCAGUGAGCACCCCAGAAAGUGCUGCCUUAGGGGCCAUCCUGAGGCACCGCGUGCUGAUCCUGGAGGCCAUCCAGCGCACGCUUGAACUCAAGGGCUUGACCUCGGAGGAAGAGCCCCUGGCGGAGGCUGUGAAAGAGAUUCUGAGCAUCUCCUCUGAGACAGCCAGCCCUGCAGCCUCCCUGCGAGCAGUGCUGAGCAGAGCCGCGGAGAAAUCAGUGUCGGCCACUGAGAUGUGUCAGCUCCUGUGCAGCGCCCGCCGCUGCUCCCCUGGCCUGCAGCCUGUGGUGCAGGAGUUAGCACACACUGGUUUCCUUACUCAGGAAAACGGGGAGAAGGACAGGUGGAAGGUGAGUAAUAAGUUUCACCUGGAAGCCAACACCAAAGCUGAUGCAAAGGCAGCUGAGCCCGCUGAGGAAGACGGCCAGUCCCAGAAGCAGAAUGGCCAGGGGGAGGCUCGCUCCCUGCCAGAACAAGAGAAAGAUCCUUCUGCCUCCCCGGACUCUGCCAAGAAGAGCUUUGUGUGUACGGCCUGUGACAAGAGCUUCCAUUUCUACUGCCGCCUGAAGGUGCACAUGAAGCGCUGCCGGGUGGCCAAGAGCAAGCAGGUGCAGUGUAAGGAGUGCAAUGAGACCAAGGACUCUAAGAAAGAGCUGGAGAAGCACCAGCUGGAGGCCCAUGGCGCAGGGGGAGAGGCUGAGGCCCCCAAGAAGAAGAAGAAGAGGCUUCCAGUGACCUGUGACCUCUGUGGGAGAGAAUUUGCUCAUGCCUCAGGCAUGCAGUACCACAAGCUGACCGAGCACUUCGACGAGAAGCCUUUCUCCUGCGAAGAGUGUGGGGCAAAGUUUGCAGCCAAUUCUACCCUGAAGAACCACCUCCGCCUCCACACUGGGGACCGCCCGUUUAUGUGCAAGCACUGCCUCAUGACCUUCACCCAGGCCUCGGCCCUGGCCUACCACACCAAGAAGAAGCACUCCGAAGGAAAAAUGUACGCGUGCCAGUACUGUGAUGCUGUGUUUGCCCAGUCCAUCGAGCUGUCCCGCCACGUGAGGACCCACACCGGGGACAAGCCCUAUGUCUGCAGGGACUGUGGCAAGGGCUUCCGGCAGGCCAAUGGCCUCUCCAUCCACCUGCACACCUUUCACAACAUAGAAGACCCGUAUGACUGCAAGAAGUGCAGGAUGAGCUUCUCCACGCUGCAGGAUCACCGCAAGCACAUCCAUGAGGUGCACUCCAAGGACUACCACCCCUGCCCCACAUGCGGGAAGAUCUUCAGCGCCCCCUCCAUGCUGGAGCGCCACAUGGUGACCCACGUUGGAGGGAAGCCCUUCAGCUGCGGGAUCUGCAACAAGGCCUACCAGCAAUUGUCUGGUCUGUGGUACCACAAUCGGACCCACCACCCUGACGUGUUUGCUGCUCAGAACCAUCGAUCUUCUAAGUUCUCAUCACUCCAGUGCGGCUCGUGUGACAAAACCUUUUCCAACUCCAUUGAGCACAAGAAGCACAUCAAAACAGAGCACGCAGAUAUGAAGUUCCAUGAAUGUGAGCAAUGUAAGGAGCUCUUCCCCACGCCCGCUUUGCUUCAAGUUCACAUCAAGUGCCAGCACUCAGGGUCGCAGCCAUUCCGGUGCUUGUACUGUGCGGCCACCUUCCGCUUCCCUGGAGCACUGCAGCACCACGUCACCACGGAGCACUUCAAGCAGUCGGAGAGCACCUUCCCCUGCGAGCUCUGUGGGGAGCUCUUCACCUCCCCGGCCCAGCUGGAGGGCCACCUGGAGUCCGAGCACCCAAAGGUGGCGGGCACUGAAGCCCAGGCAGCGGCCUCGCAGGCGGUGCAGGUGAUCCAGGCCCCGGAGCCGGCCGCCUCGGCAGAGCAGGUGAUCACUCUGGAGGAGACCCCGCUGGCCGGGUCCCAGGUGUUCGUGACGUUGCCGGACUCGCAGACGUCUCAGACCAGCUCUGAGCUCGUGGCAGUGACCGUGGAGGACCUGCUGGACGGGACCGUGACCCUGAUCUGUGGUGAGGCCAAGUGAGUGGCUGCUCAUCGGGGCAGCAGAGAGAACGCUCCACGGCGGGCCCUUUGCCCUCGGUCCCCGGCUGGCCUGCGUGAUGAGCAUCUUAGCCCAGCACCAACCCAAACGGUCUCCCUUGGAAAACAGACGGCAGAAGCGUCAUUCUCAUAGAACCACCAACGUCUGAGCAGAUCUUUGCCGACCCGCCGCCCUCCCACAGGCUGGCCAUGGCCUCUGUCACACUGUCCACCCCGCAGCAGAGCAGAGCUUCUGAGAAAGAGCCGGAAAGCCGUGGGCAGGAGCUGGUGACCAGGUAAGCAGAGGUGCCAGGAGCCGCAGCAGAAUGGCAGGUGUGGGGUCGUAGCCCCACUGAGGGGCUGCAGAUGCUGUCAGUACCUUCUGGCCGCUUAAGAAUGAGAGAAAAGCACCCAUGGACCAUCCAGGGCCCCCCCGUCUUGAGCACAGUUGGCCCUUCCUCACAUCUCUCAUCCCCCAGCUGCUGGUCACGGGCAGGAGCAGCCUGUGAACACAGCAAGGCCUCAUCUUCAUGGGACUCCCAUCGGGCAGUGCCGUCAGCCCUUCCGCCAGCGAAGCCUUGGAAGAGUUUCUGGACGUGUUCAGUGGAGGCUGCAAGGCUGUCCCUGCCCCUCCUGCAGCUUCGUGGUGCUCUGUACUGAAGGCUGAGCCGCGGCCUUCCCCGCUGCCCUCAUCCCCUUCCCUGUCAGCGCCUGCCUUCUGCCCGACCCGGAGGCCGUGCCCCUCCCUCCGGAGCAUGUAAUAGAGCCACCAACCCACACCAGGUGGAGCAGUGCCCGUGACCGCCCCGGCUCUGCCUCCUGCCACCGUCCUCCGCGCUGGGUGUUCGGCCUGCUGUCUGACUCUCCAGGCUGCCACCGCUUCUGCAGGUCAGGGAUCCUUCGGAGUCUGAAUCGCACCAGGCUUUUUAUCUUCCGUUUCUAACAUGUAAUCUGGUAAUUAAUGGGUGGUGGAGUCCAUUAUGAAGUGCAAUUAGAUGGAUGUAGGUCCCCGCCAUUUGGAGAGAAUGACUAGCAUUUAUCUUCCUUUCCUCCACGCCAGGAGGUUGGCCUGCUAGUGCAGUGUUUACACACAGGCAGGCUCCCUGCCACCUCGGGCUUGCCCCCCUGUGGAGGGCAGUGCCCAAUGUGAUCACUGCCUUCAAGCUCGAGGAGGUGGAAGACUAGCCCAACCCUUUCCAAGCACAUUUCACAUCGCCAGGGGCAAGCAGGGAUAAAGGGUCGGUGUUGGUCAUGGGAGGGACUUUUAUUGCCACCGCACACUGCUGGAAAGGCAGAGGAGGGCCCUUAACACUGGCCAGCAUGUGCAUGGCCAGGGCCUGUGCUGGCAGUGAGCUCCGCCUGGGCCCUGCACCCACACACUCCUGCCUGCAGGGUGUCCCCAUUGUGAUGUGCAAAUUGCUGGAGCUGGGCAGCUCAGGGUUCUUCAUUCUGAAGUCAAUGACAUUUCAAAGGCAAGUCGCCUCAAAAGCCAAACCCUGACCAGAAGAUGGUGCUCAAACCUUUGAGACUUAGCCUCCACGUGCAGCCCUCACUGCUGCUGCCAAGCCCGUCUGUCUCCGUAAGCUUUUCAGUCCUGUGAGCUGUCAGCCCAGGAGAGCUCUCGAUCUGCAAGUGGCGAAAUGACACGGACUCUCCCGCUGACACCAGAUAAACCCACUGAGGGAGUGGAGUGGCCUGUGCUUACAGCACCUGCGGCCCAGCCCAGCGAUGAGGACACAGUGCCUCAGAGCCACAGGCUGCGGCUGGGAACUGCGUGUCCUCAAAACAUCUCCCAGCCAAAACACCAGGAAAUGGGGAGGAAUUGCUGAGGGCCUGCAGGAGAAAAGGGCUUCUCCUUUUAAACAGUCUUCCGAAUAAGCAAGGUGUGUGUUUUAAACCCAGCUUCCGGUCCUUCAGGUACUGAGACCCUUUCUUCAUUCCUGACGGACCCGGCUGUGACAGGACAUGUGCUUUCUCCUGUCACCAGCCCAGCAGGUCGCCGAGGUGGGAGCUGACACAGACCCAGACUGACUGCUGCUGUCAGACUCGCCCGGCACCGGCGUCGGGCACGGCCUUGUGCUCAUUCUGGUCGGGGAUGAGGAAGUUUCGUCUCUGCUCCGAGGGGACCUUUGCAACAUGCGGCAUUGGCAGUGACCUUACACUGUCCCUCUCUGGAGAUGCCCAGGUGUGAUUUUAUUGUAGAAAAACUUUCUAGCUCUAGUUGGCCAUUUUCUGCCGAAGAGAUCUUCUGAGUUACUGCCUCAGAGGACACUGUUAUCGUGGCCUCGUCCCCUCACCGACUUGCUUCAUGGCAGUGGUCUUCUCUCUGCCGCGUUGCCAUGGUGCUGCCUGUGGCCUCAGGCUGAAUGCAGGGCUUAUGCGGUGGUCUGGAGGAGUCCGUGGCUCCCAAGCUCCUGAGACAGCUGGUGAGGAGGGGCAGGCAGGCAGGCUAAUUCGGUGGGAGUGAGGGGAGUCACUUAGGGACAGGACUUACCGUCCAGGUAAUGAGAAGCACGUAGAGGCUCAGGAGCAAGGAUGGCCGUAGGGAGAUGUCUGAGCAGAGCCUGAGGCCAGAGGGACAGCACAGGGGCAAAGACGGAGGUGUCUCCUCCUUUAUUUUAUAAAGCCCAUCUCUCCCAUCUCCCAAGUGUUGUAUUUGGAAAAGUUUGAGGCCAUGGUCUUCCAUGGUCUACAGUGUGUGUCCUGGGUUCCCUGGAGAUGGCGGCCCUCUCUGGGGUUGCUGCAGACUCUCCUCCCGCUGACCACGGAACACAUCAGCCUCGCCCCCAGGGAGGGCCUGAGAGGGGCUGAGGAUUAGUGGGAAUCAGGCCCGUUCUCUGCGCCUGGCUAGUGAGAAACACUCCCAAAUCGAGGAGAUGAGGCAGGCCCUAGGAGUUUCUCUCUCACCUGGGUAAUGUGGGCACCACAGGCUGACGGCAUAUCAGUGAGGUGGGAGGGGUGUGCCUGAGAUCAGUGAGUGACCAAGGAUGGAGGAAACAGCUCACCUUACCCUGACUGGUUCUUACAGCAGUGUUUCUAUGACACGGGCCAGACAGUUGGACAGAGGUGGAGAAAAUGCUGGCAUACUUUAAUCAGGCCUCCCAAAGGAACUCACUGCCCGGUGUGGCCCAGUGCAUCCAGGGACCUGGGGAAGUAGACGAUAAAGGAGGACUUGGGGUUGAAGGGAGUGUGAAGGCAGGUUGAUAACUGUUUUGGUUGCCAUGGAAAACCUUGGGGCUGGUAGGACUUGGGCCAAAGGCUCCGAAGCACAGUCAGAACUUGCUACAUCAUCGACUCAGCCUAUAACGCAGAGAAACUGUCUGUGCGUUGGAGAUAACGUGUGAGGAGAGUGUAUACCGUGGGCAGUUUAAUUUUGUGGCCUUCCAAAUCACAGAAAUUGUUUGUCGUACCUUACCAGGCCAGCCCACCCAUGAUCAAGACGACUAAGCAGCACGUGGUGCUGUAUAAAUAGGAUUCCGAACCAUUGUCCGUGCUCACCUUGCAUUGGUCCAUA